UGGCUCGGGCUCCUUGACUCUAAUAAGGGCCUUCGAGGGACCGGCAGUGCCCUGAUGGUUUCUUGAACGGGCGGCCAGAGUCAAGGAAUCAUCAGAGGAUAAAACAUACAGCCCAGGAUCACAAACACUUGUUUGGUCCAUAUCAACUCCAGACGACAUCUCUCCCUCUCCGCCAUGGGGUCCAUCACCAUGGCGCCCGUGCCUCGCGUCGCCAUCAUCGGCGCGGGCAUCGUCGGCACCAACCUCGCCGACGAGCUCGUCUCGCGCGGCUGGACCGACAUCACCGUCAUCGACCAGGGCCCGCUGGACAUGCCCGGCGGGUCGACAUCUCAUGCCCCCGGCCUGGUGUUCCAGACCAACCCUUCCAAGACCAUGACCCAGUUCGCCCGGUACACGGUGGACAAGCUGCUGGCCCUGCAGGAGGACGGCCAGAGCUGCUUCAACCAGGUAGGCGGCUUGGAGAUCGCGACGACGCCCGCGCGGGUCGAGGAGCUCAAGCGCAAGCACGGCUGGGCCGAGUCCUGGGGCGUGGAAACCCGCCUCCUCAGCACCGACGAGUGUCUCGAGCGGUAUCCUCUCCUGAACAAGGACCUCGUGCUCGGCGGCCUGUUCAUCCCGACCGACGGGCUGGCGUUGGCGGCGCGCGCGGUCCAGCUGCUCAUCACCCGCACCCGCAAGGCUGGCGUGCGGUACUUGGGGUCGACGCAGGUCACCGGCAUCGAGCAGGCGAAUGACCGCGUCACCGGCGUGAUCACUCCCGAGGGCGUCAUCCCCGCCGACAUUGUCGUCUCCUGCGCGGGGUUCUGGGGCGUCGAGGUGGGAGCCAUGGUCGGCCUCUCAAUCCCCCUGCUCCCGCUGGCGCACCAGUACGCGAAGACCACACCCGUGCCAGCCCAAGCAGGGCGCAAUCCCCAGCCAAACGGAGCAGGUCUCCCCAUUUUGCGUUACCAGGACCAGGACCUCUACUACCGUGAACACGGCGAACAGUACGGCAUUGGCUCGUAUGCGCACCGGCCGAUCCCCGUCGUUGCUUCGUCGUUGCCGCUAGCCUCGAAGACUGUCGACGAAAAGAACAUGCCCUCCCGCCUGGAAUUCACCCCGGAAGACUUCAAACCGGCGUGGGACCUCUCCCGGGAGCUCCUGCCUGCCUUGAAGGAGAGCGAGAUCGCGGAUGGCUUCAACGGCAUCUUCUCGUUCACUCCGGACGGAGGGCCCCUUGUCGGACAGUCGCCCACUCUGGACGGCUUCUAUGUGGCAGAGGCGGUGUGGGUGACGCAUUCUGCAGGGGUGGCGCGCGCGGUGGCCGAGAUCCUCACGACGGGGCGAUCCGAGGUUGACCUGGCAGAGUGCGACCUGGGCCGCUUCGAAGAGGUCCAACUCACCCCGGCCUAUGUCAAGGAGACUUCCCAGCAGAAUUUCGUCGAGGUCUACGACAUCAUCCACCCCCUGCAGCCGCGGGAGUCUCCGCGCAACCUGCGAGUCACUCCCUUUUACGCCCGGCAGCGGGAGCUGGGCGCGUAUUUCCUCGAGGCCGGAGCCUGGGAGCGCCCGUUCUGGUACGAGUCCAACGCAAAGCUGAUCGACCAGCUGCCGCCGGAGUGGAAGCCUGUCGAGCGCGACCCCUGGUCCGCCCGCUACUACUCGCCCAUCGCGGCAGUCGAGGCCUGGAAGACGCGCACCGCCGUGGCCAUGUACGACAUGACCCCGUUGCGUCGGCUCGAGGUGGCGGGCCCAGGAGCGGUCGACCUGCUCCAGCGACUGACCACGGGAGAUGUCUCGAAGAAACCUGGCGCGGUCACCUAUACGCUCCUUCUGGACAGCCGUGGCGGGAUCCGAAGCGAUAUCACCGUGGCAAGACUGGCCGAUGACCUCUUUCAAGUAGGUGUCAACGGCCGCGUGGACUUGAUCUACUUCUCUCGAGAGGCGCGGCGGCAGUCGCAGCACGACCCCAGCAGAUGGGCGUACGUGCGCGAAAUCACCGGCGGCACAUGCUGCGUCGGGCUCUGGGGUCCGCGGGCGCGCGACGUGAUCAGCUCGGUCAGCGCCGACGACUUCAGCAACAAGGGGCUGCGCUACUUCCGCGUCAAGAGGGCCAGCAUCGCAGGCAUCCCAGUGGUCGCGAUGCGGCUGUCGUACGUCGGGGAGCUCGGGUGGGAGAUCUACGCCAGCGCCGACAACGGACAGCGGCUCUGGGACGCGCUCUGGGAAGCCGGCCAGGCGCACGGGGUCGUCGCGGCUGGGCGCACGGCGUUCAACGCGCUGCGGCUGGAAAAGGGGUACCGGUCGUGGGGCACCGACAUGACCACCGAGCACGACCCGUUCGAGGCCGGCGUGGACUUUGCCGUCAAGGCCGGCAAGCAGGGCGGCUUCGUGGGCCAGGCGGCGCUCGAGGGCCGCUCCAAGGAGACAGCCUCGCGACACCUGCGCUGCCUCACCGUCGACGACGGCCGGUCCGUGGUCCUGGGCAAGGAACCCGUUUUCCACGACGGGAGGGCCGUCGGCUAUGUCACCAGCGCCGCGUUCGGGUAUACUGUCGGCAAACCCAUCGCGUACGCCUGGCUGCCCAGCUCCGUCGGCGGCGAGGGCACCGCCGUCGAGAUCGAGUACUUCGGCAAGAGAAUCCAGGCCACCGUCACCCCCGAGCCGCUGUAUGACCCGCAGAUGACCCGUCUGCGCGGGUGAAGAGGAUACUCAACUUUCUUAAGCAUGGAACGCUCACUUUGGAACUUGCCCGGCUGGAUGUGGGAAGGAGGAAGAAGGAGUAGGACGAGGUGGUGGUGGUCGAAACGACAUGACCAGCCAGAUUGAAACAGCUCUUGAAAACUCCUUUCCCGCGAUGCUGAAUGGCAGCGUUGGGCUGCGCUGGAGUCGAAGGCAAUCGAUCCCCUUCCAUUCUCUUCCGCCGUCCUUCCCUCUCUUACUCCCUUCAUCGUGGACACUGGCGCAUCGACUUGUGUUUAUUUUGAUCUCUUGGAUUGGCAAAAAGGAAAAGGAACCAGAUUGCAUCGCCCUCCCUCUUUUCUUCAUCCCCAUGACUCGUUAGGCGCACGACUUCAUGAAUUUUAUGUUAUGUCGCUUCAAGAUCCCCUCGGGUGUUUUCUUUUUCAGUACCUCGGCCUAGACUGAGACUGAGGCGUUUGGGCUUUGCGAGGAUGUAUGGCAGGCGAGAUGAGGUGGAGCGUGGUGAGGUGAGGUAAGACGAGACGAGACGAGACAGGAUGGGAUGGAAUGAAGUGAGUAGAGUAUAGGAUUCUAAAAUACAUGCUACCCGCCCACUUUUCCGC